UUCUGUCCCACAUUAUCUUCUACUUGCCUCCAUAUACUUGGCUGCUGAGCCUACAAUUCUUGUGCCUCAAUAAUGGCUGCUUCUUGAAUCUCGAUCAACCAUCGGCAAUGGAGAUGGUGCUGCAGAACCUGCCGGUUUAUGGGAUUCCACCGGUUCUUUUGUCGUCGCCUGCUUCCUUGUCAGUGUCGGCGCUCUUUUGCAGUACCACAACUCCUCCUAGGCAUUUACGCAAACACCGUCCAACCAAGCUGCGCAAACGGCCGAGCCGUGGAUCCCCCCCGUCUUCCGACGAGGUGAACCUCAAGUGGCUAACGUCUCGCGUCGUUCGGCUCACUCGGCGACGACAGCUUGCUAAGAUAUUUGAGGAAAUAGAGAUUGCAAAGAAGCAGCACGGGCAGCUGAACACAAUCGUCAUGAAUGCUGUAAUGCAGGCUUGUGUCCAUUGCCGAGACAUUGAAUCGGCUCUUAGAGUGUUUGGUGAAAUGUCAAAGCCUGAGAGCUGCGGGGUUGAUGAUGUUACCUAUGGUACACUUUUGAAGGGUUUGGGCGAUGCCCGGAGAUUUGAUGAAGCAUUUCAAGUGCUUGAGUCUGUGGAGCAAGGUACUGCUGUUGGUGGGCCACAGUUGUCUGCAGUACUUAUUUGCGGUCUCUUGAAUGCUUUAAUUGAAUCAGGGGAUCUUCGCCGUGCUAAUGGACUUCUUGCAAGAUAUGGUUAUGUGCUUCAAGAAGGCGAAAGUCCUUCAAUUUUGACAUUCAACUUACUGAUGAAGGGAUAUAUAACUUCCGGUUGUCCUCAGGCAGCACUAGGGGUACAUGAUGACAUACUGAGACACGGAUUAAAUCCUGAUAGGCUCAGCUACAAUACUCUGAUUUUUGCAUGUAUCAAGUGUGAAAACUUAGAUGCAGCUAUGCUAUUUUUUGAGCAAAUGAAGGAUAAAGCCCAAAACGAUCGUCAUUGUGAUGUUUCCCCUGAUCUUGUUACUUACACUACAUUACUACAGGGUUUUGGGCGGGUCAAGGAUAUUUGUUCCGUGGAAAAGAUCUUGAUAGAAAUGAAAUCAUGCAACAACUUGCGUAUUGAUCGUGUUGCAUACACUGCAAUUGUUGAUGCACUGCUAAAUUGUGGUUCAAUCAAAGGUGCUCUGUGUGUUUUUGGGGAGAUAAUAAAACAGGCUGAUGUCAAACCUCUACUUAAGCCAAAGCCUCACCUCUUUCUGUCGAUGAUGCGUACAUUCGCUGCAAGGGGAGACUAUGCUAUGGUAAGAAGACUCUGUGAACGCAUGUGGUUUGACUCGGCAGGAUCAAUUACCUUAGAGAUGCAAGCAGAAUCUGAUCAUCUUUUAAUGGAGGCAGCUUUAAAUCAAGGCCAGGUCAACGUGGCUUUGCAAAAACUUAAGAAUAUUAUGUGGAGAUGGAAGGACAUAACAUGGAGUAGUCGAGCUGGCAUGGUUGCUUUACGACUUGAGGCAUUGAUGGGUUUAAAGACAUCGAUGUUGAGUCCUCUUGUACUUUGUCAGGUAUCGCUUAGAGAUGCAAUUGAGCACAUCAUGGUACCAUUUAGUGAAGCUUCGCCACUUCAAGCUACGUUGCAAUUGAAGCAAGUGGUUAUGCGUUUUUUUAAGGAUUCUGUUGUGCCCAUCAUAGAUGAGUGGGGAGGCUGCAUUGGGAUACUGCAUCGUGAAGACUGUAACGAGCUAGAUGCCCCACUUGCAAUGCUAAUGAGAAGUCCACCUCCUUGCGUUACAAGUUCAACAUCAGUCGGCUAUGUCAUUGAUCUCAUGUUAGAGAAAAGGUACAAAAUGGUAGUAAUAGUGAAAUACGGCGACUUUCAUGGAAUAUCUUCUAGCUCCAGUUUAAGGGCUGUAGGAGUUUUUACAUAUGAACACCUGUGUAAGCUUACCAAGAAUUCAUCAGAGAUGACCGAUGAGCAGUUUCACCUGGCUAAAAGCAAUACAAAUAUAUGAGAUGAGUUCUUCUAGCUACUUUUC